AUGGUGAAGAGUUCAGAAAGAGAAAUGAAGUAUAAGUUUGGGUCUGAGAUACUCCUGACUUAUUUCCCUGCUUAUACCCAGUUGCCUUUAGCGUUGUCUCAGCUAAGUUCACGAGUUGGGUUGUUGGGAAUUGUUGAUUUUAAUGAACAGAUUGCAAGAAUGUGUCCCUACUUGCCAAGAGGUGUCGGUGGAGGAUAUUACUUGACAUGCAUGCAACCAAAAUGCAGUGGUUUCGUUGGAACUAAUUGCACAAGAGCGCAGAAGGUGAUCUCUAAGGUUUCAAUGGACAAGCUUCUUAAGCCGUACGAUAAGGAAUACAUGAAGAUGGCCAUGUUACAGCACGAAGAAACGUUCAGAGAGCAGGUGUACGAACUUCAUCGUCUAUAUCGAAUCCAGAAAAUGCUUAUGAAAAACAUUGCGACGAUUGAUUAUCAUCAUGAUAGGCAUCAAAAGCCUCAACAGAUUAAGCUUGACUUGGAACUGCCUGCUGAUCAUGAAGAUGUGGAAUCAGACGGUGAUGGAUUGUUAGAGAUGGAAGAUGAAAGUGACAUCCAGCUAACAUUGGGCCCCACGAGUUACAAUCGAAGGAAUAGGAAAACUGAUGAGACACCAUUAAAUUCAGAUUCUGGGCUCAGUUUUUCUUCUUCAUCAUCUGGAUCCAAUUAUAUAAAGAGGACAAGUUUAGGGACACAUCAAAGGAGAGAGACAAAUACAAUCAGAGAAGAAGAAUCAUUUAGACACAAAUGGGGGAAGGGAAGAAAAAACGGUUCUGAUGUUGAAGAGCAACUUGGACAAGAUAGAGUAAAUCAACAUCCUUGGAUUUUCCAAGUUUUUAGUUUGAAAAUGACAUAG